UUAAAAGCUAUAAUAAGUAUAUAUAUAGUCAAGAGAUCUUUAUAAAAACAACAUGGCCAGCACUGUCGCAUCACGUGGAACAGAACGACUUUCAAAUGUGGAAACGCCAAAAUCUGAGGGAGGAAGCCCGAAAAUUACGAGAAAAUUGCGCGGGAAAAGAGCAAAAAUUGGCGGCAAAGUCGUUCUAUCAUGUGCAGCCAACGUUUGUGACGACACAAAGAUAACGUGGUUCAAGAAUGGCGCGGAAUUCACUGUUCCUUUUGUGACAUCACAAGAAGAAAAUGAACACAGGGUUUAUUCGACAAUAAAUGAAGAUGAAAUUGAACUCAUCAUAGACAACGUGCAACGUGACGAUGCCGGUUACUACUUAUGCGUCGCCUCCAAUUCACAAGGGGAAGCAAGUUCCAUGGCUGAACUAUCGGUGAAGGCUUUUUAGCAGAACAAGAGACUAUGAUGUCACGGUGACGCCACAUUCCGGUUACGUCAUCAUUUUCAAAAUGCACUUCACUGACAACAACAUUUCGUGUAUAUAAACUUAGUUAUCACUGUACUCGAAGCUUCUUGUUAUGUGCCUGAAAAGCACGGUGUGCCGAAGAGUUGCAAACUAAAGUUGGACGUCGAUCCGACUCACGGACCCACAAGGGUCCACACUCACAGUAUUAAUUUAAAAGGAUUCAUGCAAUAUUACUCAUAAAUCCGAGGAUGACCUUAAAAUUUUGAUAUGCUCCUUUAAAACAUCGCUAAAAAUUAAAACCACGUGAAAGUCGGGCUGACGGCCCAGAAUUUGCGAUCGCAAUCGUUUCAUUGGCUCCCCCUAGCGAUUAUAUUUAUCGAGUUUUAGUAAUUAAUAUCAAAACGUUUUGUCAGUUUAUCUUUAUUUUUUUUAAGUUAUUUCCUUUCAAUUUUUCCUGUCGCUGGAAUUUUAUUCUGUAAAUAAAUAAACGAUGCAAAUAUGAGCGAUUCUUAUAUAAAUAAUGUUGAGCCAUCUGAUGUAAUCUUAGUGCUUUUUAUGUGUCGUUCAAAUUUAGGGAGUGGUAAAUAUUUUCGUUAUUAGUAAUAAAACUAUUUGUAAAUUAUA